ACAGUUUUGUCAAAUGUCUGAGCCGAAUAAGAAUAGAUUGGCUAAGACGAUUUCUUCAAGCUAUCUGGAAUCUACAGAGAAAAUCAAAUGGCAACGACGAAGCUUCAAGCUCUCUGGAAUCAUCCAGCAGGACCUAAGACAAUCCAUUUCUGGGCGCCAACGUUCAAGUGGGGUAUAAGCAUUGCUAACAUUGCAGAUUUUCAGAAACCUCCAGAGACACUUUCAUACCCUCAACAAAUGGUGAUCACAGGCACUGGACUCAUCUGGUCACGUUACAGCACUGUAAUCACUCCGCAAAACUGGAAUCUCUUUAGCGUUAGUCUUGCUAUGGCAGCAACAGGCAUAUACCAACUUACCCGUAAAGUCAAACACGAUUAUGCAUCUGAAACAGACCAUGUUGUUGCCAGAGAAUGACGAAGAUGAAGCCAUUGUAAUUCUUAAAUAAAUAAAUAACUCGUUUUCUUGUGAUUAUUCCAAGAUAUCAUCAUGCCAACGCUUGCUUUUGUACUAUGAUUGUAUUAGUUUCCCACACACUUUAUUACAGUUCCUUCAUCUUA